AUGAAGAGAACAGAAGAUAAUGCUCAUUAUGAGAAUGUGGCAACAGAUGAUAUUGAUAAUGGAGAAGAGAUACAUGAUGAUGAGGUGAUGGCCGAUGUAACAAACUGGGAUGAUGAUGCAUGUAGACCUUCAGAUGACACUGGCGAGACUUCAAGUGGAGACGACGUGGCCACUUCAACAACAUCAACAACAAUUGGUGGUCAACUACAACAACUUCUCAACAAUAACAACAACAUUGAGGAUCAACAAUAUCAACAUAUUACAACAACAACCGAUGAUUAUGAACUUGACUUUGAGCAUGAGCAUGAUGAUCGAGAUCAACUUAGACUUCGAAAACAAGAUGUUAAUGACGUUGUUGAAGUAGUUGCAACAAUGAGACAAUCUGGUUCAGUUAGUGACGACGAUGAUGGUGGCGGUGGCUUGGAAGUCGAGGCCGAACAAAUGAAGGAUGAUAUAAGAUUGAUCAAUGAUAUAAGAGAGAGAAGUUCAUCCGCUGUUAGCGAGUCAUCAGCAUCAUCAUAUUCAUCGGCGGAUGGAGCGGCAAUAUUAUCAUACGACAAACGUGACAAGGACGAAUACGACAGCGACGACAAGGCAUUACUCACAUCAACAACAUCAUUGGAAGAUGUCAAACUCACGACGACAACUACGACUACACAACCUCGAGGAUCAUUGUUCACAAAGAGGAAUUUGAAGACUGCCACCAUUGUGAUACUGAUUGCCAACCUUGGAUUUGGAACAUGCUUCUCAUACACCUCACCAGAGGCCAUGUCAUCGACAUUCUACCGAACAUUCAAUCUGGACUCGCGUCAAUUUGGAAGUCUGUUCACAUUGUACGCCAUCCCCAACGUGAUCAUGGUGUGCUUGACGGGCGUGCUGGUGGACAUUGUCGGCCCGCAUCCAAUGAGCUUGAUCCUAUCAUCAAUCGUCACGAUAUCAACGUUGAUUGGCGCGUUGUCGCCUCCCUACUUUGGCGUGAUGGUACUCAGUCGCUUCAUAUUGGGCUUUGCCGGCGAGUCGUUGCUUGCCUGCUCCAACGCCCUAAUGACCAAAUGGUUCUCGGACAAGCAGCUGUCGACGUUCCUCGGUGUAUCAAUCGGCUGGAUCUACGCUGGCAAUGUUGCAUCACUCAUACUAUUGCCCAUCGUCAACAAGUCAAUCGGAUUCCGUUGGAGUCUCUGGGUAAUAUUCAUCGUGGCGGCCACCGGCCUAACACUCAACAUCGUCUACAUCCUAAUCCAUCGAAUGUUUAAAGACAUUUCAAAGGAUGCCGAAGUUGAUAUAUUGUUGAAGGAUAUGACGAAUAAGAAUGUGGAGGAUGUGGAAGAGGAGGAAUACUUUGUGGAUCAUAACGAAGAGGAUAGGAGGAUAAAGACACAGAGGCGGGCACAGGUAUCAUUAUCUUGCAUCCUGUCGACGAUAACUGCUUCGGCCUCAAGGGUCAAGGGCAUCGUUGUACAGCUACCCGCACGUCUAUGGGUAAUGAUUGGCAUCGUGUUCUUUGGCUACAGCUCAAUGUAUGGCCUGGCAAUCAUUGGACCAGACUUCUUUGAGAUCAAGUUUGGCGUCAACGAGCAGGUCGCCUCACUGGUCUUGUCCAGCGAGCAAGUUUGCUCCACACUACUCUCACCAGUCUUUGGCUACCUGAUCCGAAGGAUUGGCAGACGCGUACUACUACUUGGCGUGGCUUUUGUGCUCCUGGCUGCCGGUAUCCUACUGCUGGUGCUCACGGAUAUCCAUCCGCUGCCAUGGGUGAUCUUGGCCGGCACAGGCUUUUCCCUGCUCAACACGACAGUCAUCUCAUCGCUGCCAGUUUUUGUUCCGCCAGCGGUACUGGGCACAUCAUAUGGCCUUGUGGGCACGGCCUACAACACAGGCCUGGUGAUCUAUCCCGUACUGUUGGGUAGUCUCAAGGUAGCAACUGGUUCCUACAACGUAUCAUGGUUCGUACUUUUUGGCAACUGCAUCUGUGGACUUGGUCUCGUACUAGUACUCCGCUGGCUUGAUGCCAAGGCACCGAUCGAAACAAGACUGUCCGUCAACUAA